AUGCAUGCGUACACUGUACAAGAGCAAGGCAAAGUGGCCGUAACUUUCAACAUUGGCACAGUCGACAUCAGCGUUAAGGAGAACGUCGCGGUAAACGAUGGGAAAUACCACCUUGUCCGUUUCACCAGGAACGGAGGAAACGCAACUUUACAGGUCGACAACUGGUCUGUCAAUGAGCACUUCCCCUCAGGCAACAGCGACAUUGAGCGCUAUCAAAUGGCAAAUAAGAAAAUCCCGUUCAAAUAUACCCGGCCAGUUGAAGAUUGGCUUCAGGAGAAAGGCCGACAGCUGACAAUCUUCAACACCCAAGCCACCAUCUCCAUCGGGGGCAACGACAAGAAGCGGCCCUACCAGGGUCAGCUCUCAGGGCUCUACUACAACGGCCUCAAGGUCCUCAACAUGGCCGCUGAGGGACACGUCAAUAUCAAGGUGAACGGGAGUGUGAGGCUGGUGGGAGACGUGCCGACGAGCAGGGGAGCGGCACGGACUACAACCUCCGUGCCCCCCGAAAUGUCCACCACCUUCAUAGAGACCACAACCACACUGUCCACCACCACCACCCGCAAGCAGCGCUCCCCACCCACUAUUCAGACGACAGAUGACAUUGUGUCUUCGGCGGAGUGUUCGAGUGACGAUGAGGACCUGGAGGAGUGCGACUCGGGACACGCAGGAGGGGAGCUAGUGAUCCCCGUGCUAGUUGAGGACCCCAUAGACAUCCCCUCUGUAUCCACCCGCUCUCCCUUCAUCCCCCUCCCCCCGACCCUCCGCCCUGUCCUCACCAUGGCCCCUGAGGCGGGGGUUCCUUGCUUGUCGGACCGAGGCGGCGAUGAUUGUGAUGAUGGUGAUAUUGAUGGUGAUGAUGGCAUGGUGAUUUCGGGGUUUGGCUCUGGCGAGGCUUUCGACUCUAGCCUGCCCCCGACUGACGAUGAAGAUUUUUACACCACCUUCUCCCUGGUAACAGAUAAGAUCUUGACCACGUCGGCCUAUGAAGGCGGCUACAAAGCUAUCGCGCCCAAGUGGGAAUCCAAGGACUUAAGGCCUAGCAAAGCCUCUGAGGCAGGUAGGACUACAUCCACCUCUCCUGUCCUCAGCCCCCGCGGCACUCCGGCGGUCCCCUCGGACACGCCCCCCAAGCUGCCCGCGGGGAAAAUGAACAAUCGUGAAGUGAAACCGCCGCAGCCGGACAUUGUUUUGCUGCCCUUGCCGACGGCCUUCGACGCGGACGGCACUAAACCGCGGGGACCCUUCAUCACGUCGCCCAUUCUGCGUACAGUGCCCGUGGCCCUGCCCACCGUGCCCGCCAUCGUGCGCAGAGUUCCUCCCGGCGCGUCCGAGGUGAUCCGGGAGUCCAGCAGCACGACAGGCAUGGUGGUGGGCAUCGUGUCGGCCGCCGCGCUCUGCAUCCUUAUCUUACUCUACGCCAUGUACAAGUACAGGAACAGAGACGAGGGUUCCUACCAGGUGGACGAGACCCGCAACUACAUCAGCAACUCGGCGCAAACCAACGGCGCUGUGGUGAAGGAGAAAGCACCCAGCGGCGGCGCCAAAGCGAGCGGCAGUAGCAAGAGACCGAAAGACAAGGACAAGGAAUAUUAUGUAUAG